AUCAUUGUGUGGGAGGCAGGACUGUUGAGAGCAGGUGGAAGCCGCACUGUGUCGCUACUGCUGCUCUCUGCCUGCCUCUCACGAAACACUAACCCAUUGGGGAGAGAGCUGAGAGCGCAGAUCCGAGGCAAGGCAACUCCAGCGCAGCAGUCAAGGAAUAUUCAGCGAACAUCAUAACUUAUUAUUUUUUGAAAGCACAGCGUUUAUCAGCCUUGCGGUUGCGGAUAGAAGACACGGAACGGGUGGGAUCAUAAGUUGUCACCUCGUCUGAAUAAAUAAGUUAGGCUAAUGAAAUGGCAUUAGGUUUUCCUGUGAACGCUUGACUAUCAGGAGAAUCGAAACGCCGCUCAGCUCGCGAGGGAGUGCAGGGAUCAUAUUUCCCUACUCUCUGUGAUCGCAUUACUUGCUCGCAGCCGAUACGCUGGAAUGGACUUAUCCAAUAGCUAAUGCCAAGACUGGAUCUAUUUUAAUUACAUUGUUGUUAAAGACACUGCGUUUUUUUAAAGUUCGCUUCUUCCAACCUUUUUAUACUUGAAGGGUUGUCCCAAAACUCCGCGGCAAUGGGGGAGCAGCCAAUCUUCACCACCAGGGCCCAUGUGUUCCAGAUUGACCCGACCACCAAGAAGAACUGGGUCCCAGCCAGCAAACAGGCAGUCACCGUUUCCUACUUCUACGACUCCACACGCAACAGCUACCGCAUCAUCAGUGUAGAUGGAUCCAAGGUAGGGGUGAUCAUCAACAGCACCAUCACCCCCAACAUGACCUUCACCAAGACCUCCCAGAAGUUUGGCCAAUGGGCUGACAGCAGAGCCAACACAGUGUUCGGACUGGGGUUUGCCUCCGAGCAGCAGCUGGCCAAGUUUGCUGAGAAGUUCCAGGAAGUGAAGGAAGCAGCGAAGCUGGCCAGGGACAAGUCACAGGAGAAGAUGGAGACAUCGAGUAACAAUUCCCAGGAGUCGGGUCGUGAGACCCCCUCGUCCACCCAGGCCUCCAGCAUCAACGGGACGGACGAUGAGAAGAUCUCCCAUGGAGGGCCGGAGACCGCAGCGCUGAUGAGCGAGAACGACAAACUCAAGACCACUGUGGAACAGAGUAACACCAAUGCUAAGAAGUUGGAGACAGAGCUCCAGACUCUACGGGACAGUAAUGCUCGGCUGGUAGACGCGCUAACGGAGUCCUCCGCUAACGUAGAGAUCUGGAAGAAACAACUCAACACCUGCAAGGAGGAGAGCGACACGUUGAGGGAAAAGAUAGCAGAGUUGGAGUCUCAGUGUGAAAAGGCCAACGUGGAGAAGGAGAGGAACUCUAAGCUGACUGUACGAGUUCAGGAGCUGGAGACGGAGCUGCAGGACAAGGAACAGGAACUGGAGAACCUGAGGAAGCAAGCAGAGAUCAUCCCUCAACUCAUGGCAGAGUGUGAGAGCAUCACAGAGAAACUACAGGCUGCUGAGGUGAAGAACAAGGACCUGGAGGAUAGGAUGGAGGGUCUUCAGGCCGACAUCGAGGACAGCCAGUCCAAGCAGGGCAACAUGAAGGGAGAGCUGAAGAAGUUCAUGGACGUCCUGGAUGGGAAGAUUGAUGAGCUGCACGAGUUCAGGCAGGGCCUGUCCAAACUAGGGGUGGAUAACUGAGGGAGGAAGAGACAGAGGAGAGGAGAGAGGGAUGGAGGGAUGACCGGUUAGAGAUGGAGGUUUUAUAAAUACCUUCAGGACAGGACUCUGUGGUGCCACGCCCCCAAAGUGGAGACCACACUGAACCAAUCAGCUGUAAACACACUACACAGUACAGUACAGAGG